UUAAAAUCUUAGCUCAAAUGGAGUACGCUAAUAAUAGACUGAAGGAGCUCUCAUUUAAUUCGAAUUAUGAACUCAAGAAUAAAAUCUUGGGGCCUACGUCUGCAGGGAAUUUUGCAGAUAAGGAAAAUAAUGAUGUUUUUAACCAGCUAUGGAGCUGAACAAGGGAAGAUAUGUACCCAAGAGAAACUCAAGAAGAGACUAAUAGGACAUAUGAUAAUUAUCCCAAAGACUCACUGUCUUUUUCAGAGCAGAAGUUUCCACAGAAUCAGCCGAAAAUGAGUAAUAAUUUUGACACGCAGAACUCUGUGCAGUCUACAGCUCCGUUCUUUGGGAAUGAUGAUAACUCUGGGCGGGAUACUCUUCUAUUCAAAUGAAGAGAGGCUAUAGAAUCUCUUCAGGAAGAAAUAGAGGACUAUCAAAAAGCCUUGGGAGAAAGAGAUUUCUUACUAUCUCAAGCACAGGAAAGAGAAGAUCAACUACUUCUUUCCAAAAGUAAUGCUAAUAAAGAGGUUGAGUCUUUAACCCGAAAACUCCAAGAGUCUAGAGAGGAGCUAGCCAAUUAUAAAUCAAAAGCUGCUGAAAAUGAGGAGAAGUAUGACCAAGAAUGCCAUAAGCUACUUGAAGAAAACAAAAAGCUAAGAUGUGAGAACAUUGAGCUUGAAAGCUCAAUCAGUAAAUACAAGAUCAAACUUGAAUGCAUUGAGGAGACAGUAAACGACCUUAAGCUGAAAAAGACGUCUUUAGAGGACUCUCACGAAAGGCUAGAGGUUAAGGUCAAAGAUCUUAAAACCACAAUUAACGAAUACGAGACAGCUAACCAGCAGUUAGACACUAAGCUCAUCUGGGCAGAGAAAACCUACGAAGAAGGGAUGUCCAAAAUAAUGACUGAAUAUGAAAAAGAGCGUGAGCUUCUUCAGAAGAAGAACGAAGAUCUCAUCAAGAAGGCACAGAACAGCCAAUAUGACCGGGAAGCCAAGAUCAAGGCCAAAAUGAAGGAGAAAAUUGUCGGAAUCCAGAAAGGCAUCGAAGCUAGUAAUGCCGAGAUCAACAAGUUGAGGGAAGAGAAGCAGAAAUUAUUGAAGAAGAAUAUGAAAUUGGUUCAGAUUAUUGAUGAAUUCAAGAUCUCCCAGCGAUCAGAUUCUGGAUUAUAUUCCAAAGUUUUUAAGUAA